AUGACUGAGUGCUCCCUUCGUAUCUCCAAGUUCAAGAGCAACGCUUUGCUCCAGCGCAAGCAGUUCCUCAUUGAGGUGAGCCACCCCAACUCCGGUACGGUGCCGAAGGAGAGUAUUCGUGAGCAGUUGGCCAAAAUCUAUAAAGUCAACGACAUGAAGAAGAUUGUGGUUGGGGACUUUGCCACUAAGUUCGGUGGUGGUGUCACUCAUGGCUUCGGUCGCAUCUACGACACUUCUGCGGCCGCCCUAAAGUUCGAGCGGAACUACCGUCUGGUACGCAUGGGCAUCGUCGAGGCUCAGAAGGCCCCAGUCACCCGUGGCUUGAAGAAGCGCAUCCGCAACGACCGCAAGAAGGUUCGCGGCACCGCCAAGUCCUCGGUCUCGGGAGCCAAGAAGUAG